GCUAGCAUCCCAGGGGUUUUCAAUAAAGGUUUUUUUCUAUGAGGGUUUUGUCUAUCCACAAGAUUCAUAACGUGGAUCAAAACGCGCAGAGCAUCUAGUUGUUGGUGUCACACAAGAAAGGUCUAGGGAGUGCAUCGGAUGCAACGAUCACCGCUACCGUUUUGACACGUAUGACAUUACAACGUCUGUUGCACUGACCCACAAUAGCACUGCGUCUCCGAAAUUUUCACGUUUUCCAUCUAGACAGUGAACAUUUUCAGUGUGCGGCAUGGGGCAUGUGGCAGUGCUCGUUCUCUCCGUAGUGCUCAUUUCUCAUACAUCUGGACAUGAACCUGCACAUGCCAAAUAUGGACGGGAAAUCAACGAGAAGGCGGCACGCGGCGAAGUGAAGGGAGAGUAUGAACACGGUCAUUCCCAUGAGAGUGGCGGGUGUCCACAUUCCCAUUCACAAGGAGGGGAUCUACAUGGACACACUCAUUAUGAAGAAGAGCACGCGCACAGGCACGAUCAUCAUGAUCAUGGACACAUUCAUGAUCACGGUCACGCACAUGAUCAUCACGAUUAUGACUAUCGAAAAUUUGUUGCCAAUCCUAAUCUCUGGACACACGCCAUUGGAGCCACUUUGAUUAUUAGUGCCGCACCAUGUUUUCUUCUGUAUUUUAUCCCCAUUCAAGACAACUCCCCCUCUAAUGAGAAAUGGUUGAAGGUGUUGCUAGCUUUCGGAUCAGGAGGCCUGCUUGGCGACGCCUUUUUGCAUCUAAUUCCUCAUGCCAUGCCUGUCGGCACCGAAUCUGUUUCUCACGCGCAUUCUCACGGAGGAAGUGGAGGUGGGCAUAGCCACUCCCAUGGAGAAAUGCGAGUUGGCGGUUGGGUGCUUACCGGCAUCAUUGCGUUUUUAAUGGUUGAAAAGAUAGUGCGAAUAAUUCGAGGAGAGGACGAUCACGGUCAUGGACAUUCACACGAGCACGCUCCCAAAAAGAAGGACAAAGACUCGGAUGAAGAGUCCGACGAUUCACAGAAAAGCUUGAAGAGUUCUCACGAACACGAAAAGCUUGUGAAAUCAACUCCACCGGAACACGGCGAAAUCAAGGUGGCCGCAUAUCUCAACCUCGUGGCUGACUUCGCGCAUAAUUUUACUGAUGGUCUAGCCAUCGGUGCCUCAUUUAUCGCUGGUACCACAAUUGGAGUAGUGACUAUGAUCACAGUUCUUGUGCAUGAAGUACCACAUGAGAUUGGAGAUUUUGCUAUCUUGAUACAGUCAGGUUACUCCAAGAGGAAGGCCAUGCUCAUUCAACUUGUCACUGCCCUUGGGGCACUUUCUGGAUGCGUUCUCUCUCUUUGGGUUGCAGAUCCAUCAGCUUUAGCAGACGCAGCAGCUAGCAGUUGGAUCCUUCCAUUCACAGCUGGCGGCUUCAUCUACAUAGCUACAGUCUCGCUGCAACAACACAAUUCGAUUGCACUAUCUUAUCAUUGGUAUUGCGCCGCCUGGGUCACUCAUAACCUAUCGAUCUUCCCCUACUUUCCCAUUGCUAUAUUUGUAUACCCAAUGAGUAUUCAAAGUUAUCCUGUUUUUCUACUUUUUCAUGACCUACCUAACUGCUUCGCUUACGCUAGAAAUGGGGCAGUCCAAGGCGGUAACUACCUGCUAUCCAUGAGCUUAUCGAGUAAAACACUUGGAUACUUCCGCGUUCGCUCGUGCGAUAAUAACCGAUUCGAGCUCUACGUGCAGGUAUUUGGAUCGUUCCCAUUUACUCAUAUCUAUGUUAGUAAAACAUUUGCGGAGCUUAUGGGUUUCCGCCUCAAACAAGAGGUUAUUAUCGAACCGGUAACUCCUGUAACAUGCAAAUCUAUAUCCAUCGUUCCGUUAUCGCAGCACGACUACGAAAUUUUUGAUAAGUCUAGCAGACGAGUUGAGGAAAUUUUUCUCCAACAGAUACGGGUGCUAUAUUCGGGAAUGCGACUUCCACUUUGGAUCUCAAAUAAUGUGUGCUCUUCAUUUCGUGUCGUGGAGGUCACUCCCGACACUAAUCAAGCAGUGCUUUUGGUGGCGUCUACAGAAUUACAAGUACUCCCGCUAUCUGAAAUAUCACUUCCGGAAGAUGAUUAUUCACAAGGCAGCAGAAGUAUUGUAAAUUUGGAUGAUGUGAUUUCAAACAUCAUCAGUCCGCUUUCAAACUGCGUCUAUGUUUCCACUACAUCGUAUUCGGGCGAAAAGUUUCGUGUUUUACCGCUUUCUCUGGUAGAAACGUCCGAAGUUCGACUUCCGCUGUCUCAUCCCAAUGUAAUCUACGUCUCCUGCAAUUCCUCAUCAAACUACGUCGAAUAUUGCAUCGCAUCCGUCAAAAGACAAGUGAAUCCGUCGCUCAUAGAAUUUGCCAUUGUUGUUUCUCUGCCAACAACUAGUAGCUACAUUGAUGUCACUUAUAAAUCGCUUCGACGUUUGUUCAAGACAAAAGCCAACCACUGCAUUGUUUGCCAUAAGAAGUAUCCAGCGUAUUCGACGAUAUCAUUAUUUUCAUUGAAGGGGCAUGAUUUAGGAAAAUUAGAACAUGUCGAUGUACUUCCUUCCAAAGAGGAUUUGGAAUGGCUACUGGAAGAAGAUAGAGAACAUGAACUCAGCAAGUGCUUGAGUGCCAUAGUUUCUACAUAUCCACUUCUGUUACCGUACGAUGGGAACUCGACUAACGUUACGGUAUUGGGUCGGCGCUUGACGGUCCGCAUCCUGCCAGCCGUUACCAGACGCCGUCGAGGACAGCGUUGUUUCGUUGCUGACUCUAGUACCAAAUUCAAAUUGAAGGUCCCUUUCUGCCCUGAUCCCCUCGAACCGGAUAAUUAUGGACUCACGACACGCGUUCGUGCGAGUGAUAUCAAGUGCUACGAUAAUCUCAUGCAAGGUCUUUGUGCGUGGGUGCAGUACUCUAUGCGUCACAAAAAGUUCGGACAUGUCCUUCUGCUCGGACCUGAAGGGAGCGGCAGAACGUCAGUGGCAGCAAUGCUUUCACGAAAACUUGCCACAUCCUCUUGCACUUGUUUUUGUGCGUGUAUAGAAUGCAGCUGGUGGAAAGGAAAAAAUCUGGACAAUAUCGAGAAAAGCAUAGCCGCUAAAGUAAACGAACUUUCAGUUCGAAAGCCUAGUUUGCUUGUUUUUGACAACAUCGAUCUCUUGGAGUCCGUUAAUGAGGAAGAACACAGGCAGAUCAACGUGGAAAAGUUAUUUCAAAUGCUUCUUCGUAUAAUGUCUUCUUGCGAUUUUCCUAUUCUGAUAACAGCACGUCGGCUAAAUUUUGUGCACCGAUCACUUAUUAUGCCUUCUGGUCGUCGCGUUUUUGGACUUGUGAUGAAUGUUCCAAGCCUUACCCAGGGAGACAAAGUUGACGUUUUGAAUGGAUUCAUGGAGAACAAGUGCUUUACGGAAACGACGAAGGCUGAGAAUUUGUCGCUGAGCGGCAUGCGGCAGCUAGCAACAAGAGCUCGGAUAGAGGCUAAAAUAAGAGCCCCAUAUCCACCAAUUCUUGAUUGUGAUGUCGCAUCAGCCCUUGAUAACUCUCGCCUAUCAGCGAACGUCAUCCUGAAAACAAAAGACGACGCUAAAGUGACUUUUGAAGAUGUCGGAGGGAUGAAAAAAGAAAAAUUCAGGCUCACUGAGAUCCUAAUCUGGCCAUCGAUGUAUCCCGAAGUAUUUCGUUCGUACGAUGUUCAGACUGGAAAAGGAGUGCUUCUUUAUGGUCCAAGUGGUUGUGGCAAAACUUUGCUUGCUCGUGCAAUCGCUACAGAAUCAAAAUUUAGUUGCAUAUUUGUUAAGGGGCCAGAACUUCUCUCUAAGUACAUCGGAUCCAGCGAAGAAAAUGUGCGAAAUGUUUUCGAAAGGGCACGAGCCUCAGCACCUAGUAUUAUAAUAUUUGAUGAAUUGGACUCAUUAGCACCUCAGCGAGGAAACGACUCUACUGGAGUGACAGACCGCGUUGUUAACCAGCUUCUUACGGAAAUGGAUGGCGCUGAGGGACUCGAAGGAGUGUUCGUAAUCGGCUGUACAAACAGAAUGGACUUGCUUGAUCCCGCAUUACUUCGGCCGGGCCGUCUUGACCAUCUUCUGGAAUGUGGAUUACCCAAUAAGGAGGAUAGAAUUGGUAUUCUUGAAACUAUUUUGAAGUCAGUGAGUCACAGUCGCGAUCUCAACAUCACAAAUUGGGCUGAACGAACUGAAGGUUGGACGGGAGCCGAGCUGAAGGCUUUGCUCAUGAAUGCUCAAUUUCAUGCGAUGAGAACUUCCUCAAAAAAUUUCUCCGUUGCCACUACACUCGCCGAUUCAAACAUAGCAGCUGUAUUCCAAGAGUCAUUACCAAAAUCGUCUAGAAGGAUUGAGAAGAAAUUCGCAGUUGGUGGUCAAGUGACUCAUUCGUGAUUCCUUACGGAUUAAAUUUAUUCGUAUGCAGCUGGCCUCUCUCAUCUGCUGAAAUGCAUUUCAUAACGAAUGCUCUAUCAAAACUUCUACAAGAAUUUUCUCUCUAAUCUGCUGAAAUGCAUUUCAUAACGAAUGCUCUAUCAAGACUUCUAUAAGAAUUUCUGCAAGAAGCCUACACUUUAUUUUAUGCUAGUGUUGCGUGACAUGUUAAUAGAAUGAUAAGCAGUUUGGUUGUCCU